CUCGGUUGCCAGCGCCUGUUGAUUCAAGACAUCUGUGAUUCACUCCUCCUUCUCAUCUAUGAUAAUUUAAAUCCCUCCAUUCCCGGUUGAAUUCACACACUUUUCUUCAAUCUUCACCAUCAAACCCACCGAGCUUCUGCCAGCCGCGAUCAAUCCGUGUACGAACGGACCUUACUUCGAUUCUCGAAGAAUACCCGCCACCAACUCCUUUGGCCGCGACCAGACCGACGCGAUUGUCACCAUGAUUCUUUUCAUCAUCGUCUAAGAUUCAAAGCUGCAGCCAUUGACACGUGUUCGGAACUGAUCUUCUCGCUACUAUGUCAUCAUCGCAAGCCCCUUCCUCUUUGUCGCACAGUCUGGCCAUACCAUUUGCGAGUCGGCUGAGCGAACAACUGUCUCAGCGGUCCGAAAACACUAAAUCAGGCAUCGAUACCGACAAUGCGGUCGACAGGAGCAGGUCGCUAGGGCCUCCUCUACGCCCACCACCGGUCUCACGCUCCCUCUCCGACGCCGCAAAGCCGGUUUCCGCGAACCCCCACCAUCUUGUCGAUCCACGACUUCCUAGCAAGGAUGAUUCUUCGCUAUCAUCCACACCGGAGACUCCUCACCGGCCAUUUAUGCACAACUUUGCAUUAAACCUUUCGUCCAAGACCCCUGGCUCCAGCUCCGUUUCAGCAUCCAACCGUGCCCCGCUUUCUCCCAAGCUCGAUCCCUCCCAUAUAUACAGCUCCCCGGGCUCAGUACUGCCCCGCCGCUCGCGAGGCCUGGACUUCUCCCGUGCCUGUACCAACCUUCAUCACUCCACUCUCGCCGAGGCAUCCCCAGACUCCUCGCCCACGGUCUGUGGGCGUGGGGUAAAUAUUCCACAGCGUCGCGGUUCGCUGGGGUCGACCUCCGCCCAUCCGUUCUCGACCUCGAAUCCCGGUGACCGGACCGCCAUCUCGAGCUCAGUCUCCAGCAUCAACAUGAUGGAGUCCGAUACCAGCAGUAGCGAGGAGGACGACGAACCGAUGAUUGGCGACCGGGAUGAGAUGAUGAUAAUGAAUACUCCGCAGGCGAAGAAGUUUGGAGGUGGAGUGAGUCCAUUCGCGGUAGGCAAUGUGUCCAGCCCAGGGAGUGAAUGGAUGGGAGGCUACUCGCAGGCAGCCGCCAGCCUCAUGAGCUUCCAACGGGCUCGUUUUCGCAAAGGUCGCAGCCGACACAGCUCGAGCAGUGGCAGCUCCAAGCAAAGCCCCGGACCGCUGUCCCCUCCUAUAAUGAAAAGUAUCGAGAACCCGAACGGCGGGUAUUUCGCAGCCCGUGGAAGUGUUUCGUCACGCCGGGGGAGUCUCAGUUUAGGGACGCGGGACUUGCGCUUGUCGGAUGUCAGUGAUGAAGGGGAGCAUCGUGCAGUGCGAGCGCAGAGUCCCAACACGUCUAACUCUGAGGGCGGGCCUCUGGGGGUCGUACGUCGUGCCGUUACCCGACGAGGCAGCCUACUACCUAAAACCAAAACCUUUGCACGCAUCAGAGCAGCUCUCAUGGAAGAAGGCGCUCCAAUCGACAGCGAAGCCAAGCGUGAGGCCGAAGUGAUCCGACAAGUCCGGGAGAGUGAGCCAGACGUACCACCCAAAUCACCACUGGAAGCGAUCGCCUCCCUCGAAAACUUUGUGCCGUCAGGUGCCGCAUCCGCCCCCGACGACCAGCCUUGCAAUACUGUGGUCAACACCACGCCCGAAGAGCCCAAAUUCAGCGAUCAAGCCCACCGAAAUUCAGGCGGAAUCAACUUCUGGAACUCCUUCGAUGAGCGGUAUCGCACUCCGCCGCCGCCGCCCCGACAGCACGGGGCAUCUUCGGUCUCUGAAGACGACCUGACCAUGGACUUCACGCCCUCCAACACCCAGCACCACCACCACCACGAAUUCGUCAAACCGAACGAACGACCAGUUUCGCGCAGCGAGGCUUCCUCCCACCCCGCGCAGUCCGGAUUCCUCGGCGAGCAGAUCAAGCGCAAACGCCGACGCGACGACGACUUCGACCCGAAUCUGUUCAAACGUCGCGCCGUGUCCCCCAGCAUGAGCGCUCAGAGCAGCCCAAUUAUGCCCAACUCGCCCGCCGUCAAGGACACCAGCCCCAACAUCUGGGGCGCGCCGCGAUCGAAUCUGGGGUCUUUGUUCGCGGACCGGCCCAGCAUCAGCGAGCACGGGGCUCGGCCCACGACUAGCGGUCACUCAGGGAAUCCGAAACGGGUAGGCUUGCAGGGGAUGAACGAGACGAACGACGGACUCAUGAAUAUGAGUAUCGAAUGAGGUGUCGUCGCUUUUUUGUGUGUGUGUGUGUUCCCGGUCCGUUCUUAUUGCAUUGUAUUGUGCUCUACACUUAGCGGGUGUGUUUUCUUCAUUGUGUAAGGGGUAUUCCUGGUGGCGUUGGGGGCUUUUUCUCGGUCGUUUUAGUACUUUGCACAUCAGGGCGUGUCUGCCAAUUGCUUUUGGGUCAUCAGUUUCAUCUACUAUAUAUGGCGAAUUCGUGUCUGUUUGAGGCCACUGCCAGCAAACUAGCUUAAUAAUG